AUGGCCCUUCUUCAAACCAAUAAGGAUCUCAUUGCUACAGGAAUAAAGGAAUUUAACAUUCUGCUAAAUCAGCAGGUCUUCUCUGAUCCUGCUGUCCCUGAAGAAGCCAUGGUGACUGUGGUGAAUGACUGGGCGAACUUCUACAUCAACUAUUACAGGCAGCAGAUGGUGGGGGAGCAGCAAGAGCAGCACGAGGCUGUGCAGGAACUUCGGCAACAGCUGGAUACUGUCUGCCUCUUUCCUGGACAAAUAUAGGAACUUCCUGAAGCCCUUGUGAGCACCCGAUCACAGGCUGCCUUUCUCCUCGCCGGGAGACCCAGGCUUGUCUGAGACCCUUAAAUGCUGCCUCUGUGUUCUUCAAGGCCUCAGGCUCUGCUCCUUCAUGGUGUUACUGCACCCUGACACCUCAAUAAAGGCCAGUACUUGUUUUGAUGGU